ACAGGGACUUGGGGAAUGUGGCGGGACUCGGCCAUGUGGCAAACCCGGCGCCGGCUGCGGAGCGCGGAGGGGAGCCGAAGGUGGCGCCCUCCUCCUCCUCGGCAGCCCGGGCUCCUGGGUCCGAGGGGUCAGCGCCGAGAAUCGUGGAGCCACGGCCUCGCCGACCUGCGUCCGGGUUUGGGGAGCUCGUCUGUUUCUGCGCUAACGGGCUGAGGGCCCUUGACUAUUCCCUGACUGCUGGGGACCCAGGAGCGCCUGGAGCUGCCGCCUGCCCCAAAGCGCACCACGGCCUUGCGCUCGGGCCGCGGCCCCGGGAGUGGGAGGGUCUGGGGGCUCCAACCCACCCUGUAAAAGACUUUCGUUGGACAGAGAAGAAGGCGGAAGAGGGAACUUGAAAUUUGCAGGAGCCGGGUUUGGGGCGAGAUGUAGAGAGUAGGUUGUUGGAAACCAUCUGUGCUUGGUCGGGGUGCGUUUGGAGAGGGAAGGCAAAAGCGACUCUUACCAGGAACUUGGAGUGGAGCAAGAUCCCGGAAGAUUUUCGUUUGGGGUUUUGUGUGUUUGUUUGCAUUGCGGUUUUGUUUUGUUUUGUUUUGUUUUGUUUUGUUUGUGGGGCAGGGCUUGCGAGAUCGAGUUGGGAGGUUUAGGCGAUUCCCUUCGACCCGGGGCUAGCUCGGAUGGUAGAGGGUAGGCAGGGAGGAGCAGGGUCGCAGCGCCCUGCGCACCUCACUCGGCUGCGCUUGCUUUCCCGCAGACCCGCCGCGCGCUGUGCCCCCAGGAUGGCUCUGCGGCGGCCAGGUGAGGCCGGACCCCAGGGCAAGAUGUGCUAUCCUCCUGAGAGGCUCCAGGGAGGCCCCCCACACCUGGACGCCUACUACACGCCUUUCCCGCCCUAUGGCCACUAUGCGAACAUGCUAACCGCUGCGGAGGAAGAUUUCCAACCUUUCCCGCAGCUGGAGGCCGCCGUGACUGCAUCCCACGCGAUGCCCCCCUUUGCCUUCCGGCCCGCGCCUCUCUUGCUGAGCACCAGCCUCGCUCUGCAGAGGGAGCCGCUCUACGACCUGCCCUGCUACAGCAAACUGCCACCGUGGUCCCCAAUUCCCCACCUCCCCAGAGAGGUGCCGCACUUCCUCAACAGCAGCCGCGAGUGUGCAGGCGCCACCGGUGAAGACUUGGGCCAUACUGGUGGCCGAAGUGACAGUGGCCAGUGCUGUGGACCUGAAAUUUUAAUGCCGCCGCCGGCUGUGAAUGCUUCCCUGUUCCCUGAGGGGGUGAAGGCCUCCCAGUUAUUAUCUUGCUCCCCCAGCAAGCGGUCUGAGGAGGGCUCCAAACCCCUGAACCAACAAGGGAAGUCAUCUCACCGCUACCACUUCACCCAGGAGGACCUGCACUUAGUUCUGUUCGGGGUCAUUCCCAGCCUGGAUCACUCAGCCCCUCUGCACCACGCGGUUUCCGGUUUCCUGGUCCCCACGGACAGCUCUGGAUCUGAUUCUCUUUGUCGAACUCUGGAUAAAGACUCCCUUCAACUACCAGAAGGUCUCUGCCUCAAGCAGACGAUGUUUGGUGAGGUGCGGCAUUUUGGUGUAUUCUGCAGUAGCCUUGUUGCCAAAGGAGUCAGAUUUGGACCCUUUCAAGGUAAAGUGGUCAACGCCAGUGAAGUCAAGACCUAUGGAGACAAUUCUCUGAUGUGGGAGAUCUUCGAAGAUGGUCAUUUGAGCCACUUCAUAGAUGGAAAAGGAGGUGCGGGGAACUGGAUGGCCUACGUCAACUGCGCCCGUUUCCCCAAGGAGCAGAACCUGGUUGCGGUGCAGUGUCAGGGGCAGAUAUUUUACGAGAGCUGCAAGGAUAUCUGCCAGAACCAAGAGCUCCUUGUGUGGUAUGGAGACUGCUAUGAAAAGUUUUUGGACAUUCCCAUGAGCCUUCAGGUCACAGAGCAGGGGAAGCCGGUGCCUGGGCCCUCUGAAGAGUCUGCAGAAGGCUACAGAUGUGAAAGAUGUGGAAAAGUAUUUACCUACAAAUAUUACAGAGAUAAGCACCUCAAAUACACCCCUUGUGUGGACAAGGGUGACAGGAAAUUUCCCUGCUCUCUCUGCACACGAUCCUUUGAGAAGCGGGACCGGCUCCGGAUCCAUGUCCUUCACGUUCAUGAGAAGCACCGGCCUCACAAGUGUUCUACGUGUGGGAAAUGUUUCUCUCAGUCUUCCAGCCUAAACAAACACACGAGAGUCCACUCUGGAGACAGACCAUACCAGUGUGUAUACUGCACAAAGAGGUUCACUGCCUCCAGCAUCCUCCGCACGCAUAUCAGGCAGCACUCAGGGGAGAAGCCCUUCAAAUGCAAGUACUGUGGUAAAUCUUUUGCAUCCCACGCCGCCCAUGACAGCCACGUCCGUCGCUCGCACAAGGAAGAUGAGGGCUGCUCCUGCAGCAUCUGUGGAAAAACCUUCCAGGAUCAAGAAGCGUUCUACUCCCACACGAAGCUUCACGAAGGCUACUAGCCCUCAGUAUGGGGACAAUGUAAAAACUAAAUGCUAGGAUUCUGUCUUUGUUUUCCUUGCUUACGGGUGUGUCGUACGAACAGAUGAUAGUUUUACUAAGAUGAGAAACAGAAAAAUGGAACCGGCCAAAAAGCUGAUUUCACCAGCUUUCACAGAAAUGUUCUUCACAAUGUUUAACAAGAAUGGAAUUUUGGUGAAUUUACCUAAAAGUAGUGAACGCUGACUAUUCAUAGAGAGCUUCAGGGUCUGGAAACUCAACACAAACCCUGAGGGAGGGCUUGGGAGUAGAGUUUGAUUUUUGUGAUGAAAAAGACCUUUUCUCUGUUUUAGACCCCCAGUUGUCAUGUCUGUGGCCAUCACCUGGUCUAUUCUUCAUAGAAUAAAUUCUUUAAAAGUUCA